AUGCGUCCUCCGGCCAAACCUGUCGCGAGAAGCCAAGAGGCAUUCGAAAGAGACGGCGAGACGGCGAGAUAUGCCAAGCACGCAAAGUCAUCUUCUCAUGCCUUGCAUGUGCAGAUGCGCCGGCUCCAGACUUGCAUGCCCGAUCUCUUCGGCGUUCACCAUGUGCUUGGUUCGGUUCGGUCUGGUCUGGCUCAGCCAGGCUUCCUAAUCAACCGGCUUAUUGUCCUCUUCGAUUCGUAG